GCGUCCAGAGUUCAGAUAAAAAGUAUCAUCAAACGAGACCAGGAGUUCAUUUUAUUCUUAACUAAACAAAGACAAUGGAGGCACAACCCCUUCAUCUCAAACGUGAGCUGGGCUUGGGGAGUGGGAUCACCAUGAUCAUCGGCACCAUGAUCGGAUCUGGCAUUUUUGUGUCCCCCGGUGGCGUAUUGCAAAGAUCGGGUUCCGUGGGGGCAUCUCUUGUGGUUUGGUUGGUUUGUGGAGUGUGUGCAACUUUGGGUGCCAUGUCCUACAUCGAGUUGGGAACGAUGUUCCCAGCCAGUGGUGCGGAUUACAUCUACUUGAUGCAGGGUUUGGGGCCCUUUGUGGGUUAUUUAUAUGCUUGGAUGAACACCUUCGUUUUACGUCCAGUUGCGGGUGCAGUUAUUUGCCAGGUGUUUGCUCUCUACCUCCUUCAACCAUUCUACAAUCAUUUCGGAUCGCACACUUUCACCGAAGACCUUAAGUGGAACUUAGAAAAAGGUGUCACGAUUCUGGCUCUAAGUAUGAUGAUUCUCUUUUCUCUACUAGUUGAUCCCGUCAAAAUGGCCUCUUGGCUGCAAAAUGUGCUGACAGUGGCCAAACUCAUUGCGAUUGCCCUAAUUGUUGCCGGUGGAACCUACCACAUAGCCAUGGGCGAAUUUGAAUACCUAGAGCAAGGUUUUGAUCAGGUUCCCAAUACCACUGACAGCAAAACCCAAAUAGGUCCCUUUCUCGCGCAAAUGCUUACUAUUAACCCUAUUUUUAGAAAUUUGAAUCUAUCAAUCUUGAUUGGAAUCCCCCUGGUGACAGUGAUUUACGUCUUGGUGAAUAUUGCGUACUUGACUGUAUUGAGUCCUUCUCAGGUCCUACGAUCUGACGCAGUAGUGGUCACGUGGGGCCGCCUGUUCUUUAAAGACACGUCCUACGAAUUUCUGGGGGAAUAUGUCCCUUGGGUGGCUAGUGGCUUUGUGGCCUUAUCCACUUUUGGAGCUGCCAAUGGCACCCUAUUCGGAUCAUCUCGCGUAUCCUUCGCUGCAGCCAGGGAAGGACAUCUCCCGGAAAUACUCUCGUACAUUCACUCCAAACAACGGACACCAAUACCCUCUUUGAUUCUGUUUACAAUCAUGGCAAUUGGGUUAGUGUUGACCAGUGAUACAUACACCAUGAUAGACUUCUUCAGUUUCGUGGCCUGGAUGUUUUAUGGAGGGUCCUUCUUAUCAGUGAUUACUCUGCGAUUCACUGGAGCAAAAUUAGAGAGACCUUUUCGGAUUUGGAUUGUCAUCCCAAUUCUAUUAACGUUCAUCUCCGUGUUUUUGGUGUUGGCACCAAUCAUCAGCGAUCCUCAAAAGGAAUAUUUGUAUGUUUUGGCUUUUAUGGCAUCAGGCGUCUUAUUUUACGUCCCAUUUGUUCUGAAGAAAUGGCGAAUCCCAGGGAUGAAUUCCUUCAAUCGCAAAAUUUGUGCUGUAUGCAGCCUUUCUCCAGGCGAAUGA